AUGUCGGACGUAGACGAAUUGAUCAAAUUGAUGAAAAGGCAACACGAUGAAACAAAGAAACAGAACGAUCUAAUCUUUAACCUCAUCCAAAUGACGCUUUCCGCGAACAGCGGAAGCGCUCCAACUGGAAACACGGCAGACCCGUCGUGUAUCGUUACUGCGUUAUCGGCACGAAUACCUAUGUUCGAGUUCGACCCAGAGAAUGGAAAAACUUUUCCUAAAUGGCUUAAACGUUAUGGUGAAGUAAUAACAGAAGAAGGGAAAACUCUCGAUGAGACCACAAAAGUUCGACUUUUGUUGAACAAAUUACCUGACGACAUCUACGAGCAAUAUGCAUCGAAAAUUUGCCCAAAGGUACCUUCGGCAGAGUCUUAUGACGACGUCGUAGCCACCUUGAGUGACUAUUUUGACGUGAAAAGGUCGUUAUGGUCUUGGCGGUUUUCUUGCACACAAAUAAGUCGUAUGGAUGAGAAUCCUGUGGCUUAUACGGCUCGAAUCAACGAAGUUUGCGAGAAAGCCAUGCUCAAAGAUGUCACGCCGGAAGAAUGGAAAACAUUCUUUUGGCUCAAGGGAUUGGACGCACCUGGAGACACACAAGUCCGUGCACAUUUUAUCAACUUCAUGGAACGUAGAGCUGAAAUUAAGCAGGCUACUACCAUAAUGGACCUGUGUGAAGAAUGGUUGCGUAUUCAACGUCAGAAAACGGAAGUCCAGGAAUUUGGACAAAAGAAAGUAUCUGAGUUGAAGGUCAAGAAGCCGAUAGACGCUGAGAGUGGGAGUUUGAAAAAAAUUACCUGCUGGAAUUGCGGCAAGGAUGGCCACGCUUCGACAGUUUGUCACAAAAGCAAAGCCUCUUGCGCAAAGUGUCACAGGAAGGGACACUUGGAAAGAUUUUGCAAAUUGAAUCGAGAAAAUGCGAACAAACGGUCGCAAAACGGCAAGACCAACACCUGGAACAGGUGCAAAGCGAUAACCGUUGCGAAAGCAGAAUCGCCCCAAGUGCAAGCAGUACGGCGCUUCAUCGAAGUCGAAGUGCAAGGCGUACAAAUUUCCUUCCAAAUGGACACUGGAAGUGAUUUGACCUUAGUCGGAACCUCGGAGUGGGAGAGACUAGGCAAACCGAAGUUGGAGAAAGUUCCUUUCCGAGUUAAGGAUGCAAGUGGGAGUGACAUGGAACUCAAAGGGAGGUUCAUGUGCAGCUUCAAGUUGAAAGAUUCGCUCGCAAAUGGCUACGCCUACGUGCGGAAUUCUGGAAACUUAAUCGGACUGGACUGGCUUGAAAAGUCAAGCCACAUGAAUUACCAUCUAGAACAAAUGGUAAAUACCAUCAAGGACGAGAAACCGUUCUCGGAGCAGCUGAAGGAAGAAUUUCCUGAAGUGUUUGUCGACGGUUUGGGAAGAUGCGUGAAAGAGCAGGCAAAGCUUGUCUUGAAGAACGAGGCGCAGCCUGUUUUCAAGCAAAAGCGUCCUGUGCCAUAUGGAUCCGUGACGGCAGUUGAAGGUGAACUCGAGCGUCUAACGCAGCUCGGAGUUAUUGAGCCUGUCAACCACAGCCAAUGGGCAGCCCCAGUGGUCUGCAUAAAGAAAGCUUCGGGAAAGAUCCGAGUUUGUUCUGACUUCAGUACAGGACUGAAUUCAGCGUUGGUAGAUGAAGAAUAUCCGUUGCCAACGGCAGAAGAGAUUUUCGCGAGUCUCAAUGGAGGAUCUGUUUUCACGCAAAUUGAUCUCAGCGAUGCCUACUUGCAAGUUGAGUUGGAUCCUGAAUCACAAAAGUGUGCUGUGAUAAAUACCCACAAGGGUCUUUUCCAGUACAAAAGACUUCCAUUUGGCAUAAAAACAGCGCCAGCAAUUUUCCAGAAAAUCAUGGAUAAAAUGAUUGCUGGGCUGACUGGAGUUGCCGUUUAUUUGGACGACAUUAUUGUUGUUGGUCGUUCAAAGGCGGAACAUCGCGCAAACGUGAGGAAGGUCUUUGCUAGGAUCCGCGAGUACGGAUUCCAUCUGAAACUUGAUAAGUGCUCUUUUGAGAAAAGUGAAAUCAAGUACCUGGGAUUUAUUCUCAAUGCCGAAGGACGUCGACCUGAUCCUGAGAAGGUGAAGGCGAUCAAGAACAUGAGCGCGCCAAAAGACGCGAAAGUCUUGAGGUCGUUUCUUGGGAUGAUUUCCUACUAUGGACAAUUUAUCCCCAACAUCAAGGCAUUGAGAGGGCCCUUGGAUCGACUUUUGGUCCAAGAUGAGGAUUGGAGAUGGACGGAAUUGGAAAGACGAAGCUUUGAUAAACUCAAAGAAAUUCUUUCCUCCGAUCUGAAUCUGGUUCAUUUCAAUCCGAAAUAUCAGAUAGUACUGGCAGCAGAUGCUAGUGACUAUGGCAUCGGUUCAGUUAUUUCUCACAUCAUGCCAGACGGCACCGAGAAACCGAUUGCACACGCGGCAAGGUCCUUGACCGAAACUGAGAAGAAAUAUUCUCAGAUCGAAAAAGAAGCCUUGGCCUUGAUAUUUGGAGUGAAGAAAUUCCACAAGUUCAUCUUUGGAAGAAACUUCAUCCUGCGCACUGACCACAAGCCUCUACUAUCGAUUUUUGGAAACAAGAAUGGAAUUCCAGUGCAUUCUCAGAAUCGGCUUGUGCGUUGGGCGAUCACCUUGCUUGGCUACCACUUCAAAAUUGAAUACAUCAACACCGAAAAAUCUUCAAGACGACGACGUUGUCAUCGCGAAAGUUGA